CUACACUGCCUUGACACAGAAACGGCACUGUAACCAAGACGGCUAUAUUUCAUCACUUAGAGGAUAACAAUGGAUUACCCGUCAACAACUUUAAUGACCACAGUCCCCGAUUAUACUGAAAGUGACCCUUCUGACUACCCAGACUAUGACACAGAGUCAACUGAAAACACAGGCAUGUGUGACAGAAAGUGGGUCAGAGAUUUUCGUGGGCAGUACGAGCCACCUCUAUUCUGGAGCAUCUUCAUCCUCGGUGCUGUGGGUAACCUGAUGGUUGUUUGGAUCUACACCACUGUGCGCAACCGUCUGAAGACAAUGACCGACGUGUACCUGCUAAACCUGGCUGUGGCUGACCUCCUCUUCCUGUGCAUGCUGCCCUUCUGGGCGUUCGAUGCUGUCAAGGGCUGGAACUUUGGCAAAAGUCUCUGCAAAUCGGUGUCUGCCGUCUACAAGAUCAACUUCUUCAGCAGCAUGUUCCUGCUCACCUGCAUUAGCGUGGACCGCUACAUCGCUAUCGUACAAGUCACCAAGGCCCACAACCUGAAGGGAAAGAGACUCUUCCACAGUAAACUCGCCUGCCUGGGUGUCUGGUCUGUCUCCACUAUCCUGGCUCUCCCUGAGUUUAUCUUUGCUCAGGUGAAGCCAGACCAAGGCGGGCAGACCUUCUGUGCUCUGGUCUACUGGAACAACACAAACAACCGGACUAAGAUCCUAGUGCUGUCCAUGCAGAUCUGCAUGGGCUUCUGCCUUCCUCUACUAGUCAUGUUCUUCUGUUACUCCGUCAUCAUUCACACACUUCUGCAGGCCAAGAGCUUCAAAAAGCACAAGGCCCUACGCGUCAUCUUUGCUGUGGUGUUUGUGUUCAUCCUCUCUCAGCUGCCGUACAAUAGUCUGCUGAUAGUGGAGGCCAUGCAGGCUUAUAAUACCACUAUCACAGAAUGUGCCACAGUCACUUAUUUUGAUAUAGCUGGACAGAUAGCCAGGACCCUGGCCUUUACUCACGCCUGCCUGAACCCAUUCCUCUAUGUCUUCAUCGGAAUUCGGUUCAGACAAGACCUCUUUAGAAUUGUUAGGAUGUGUACUGGUCUGGGCAAAGGAGGGUCCAGUAAAACAAACGUACUUUCCAAACGUCCCUCUGUCAUGUCAGACACUGAUACCCUCCCUGCCCUUUCCAUAUAAACACACAUUUUCCUCAAGUCCUAAACCUGAUAGCUGAGCCUAGUUCUAACUUUUUUUUUUAUGUCAUCAAUGCAUUACUUGAUAGCAGAGCAACGAUAACAUGUUGAACUUUGGAAGUAAAGAAGUCUUUGGAGUUUACAUUCAUUAUAUUCUUCUCCUGACAUUCACAAGCACAUUUUUGCUGGAGUUGCUGUAUAAAUUGUAUAUUAAUGUAAAUAUUUUACGUAUGUUUCAUCAUGUGUUUGUCGUGUGCUGCUGUAAUUGAAUUAAAAAAAAAUGGUAACAAUGGUUUUCAGAUACAAA